AGCAAAUUUAUUGAUUUCCAGAAUACGGAGACAGACGACCUUUUCACAACGUACAAUACUUGAGGAAAUAAGUAUAGUAGGGGUAUCGAAUCAAAAUGUAUUUUGGUAACAACACCUCUGAUGUGAGUUUCUGUGUGUCUACUCUGUUUGACUCUGUGCAGGUUCCUCUGCAAAUCGUAAUCGUAUCCCAAUCACCCAAAAAGAUCUCCAAAUAUCUGUCCCCCGAUUUCAUCACCACCCCUCCCUCUAGUCUUCUACACUCUCUCCUUUUAUCAUUUCUCUUCGAUUCACACACACACACACACUCUUUUCUUUUCACCAAAACACACACAUUGACUUUUCUUCCCUCUUUUGGCAUUUAUAUUCUAUCUCUCUGUCUACAUAUCUCCUUUUAUUGUCUUCCUGGGUUUUGAUUGUUUUACACUGAAACAUAAAAAAAAACACACAGUGAGUGUGUGAUUUCUCCAUGGAUUCUUCAUCAACAACAGUCGGAAUGAAAGAAGAAGAAGAAAGGCCACAUGUUUUGGUUGUGGAUGAUAGCUUGAUUGAUCGUAAAAUCAUGGAAAAGCUUUUUACCAACUCUGCAUGUAAAGUGACUACAGCAGAAAGUGGGCAGAAGGCGUUGGAGCUUUUAGGCCAAGGAGAAGACGAACACACUCAUAUGAACAAAGGACCUAAGAUAAAUUUAGUAGUUACGGAUUACUGUAUGCCAGGAAUGACAGGAUACGAUCUCCUUAGAAAGGUUAAGGAAUCAUCUGAUAUAAAAGAGAUCCCGGUGAUUGUAGUCUCAUCAGAGAAUGUCCCCACUCGAAUCGAGAAGUGUUUGGAAGAAGGUGCUCAAGAGUUCAUCCUUAAACCCCUCAAACAGUCUGAUGUUAAGAAGUUAAGAUGUCACAUGCAGUUCAGGCGAUCAAUAAAGGGAAGGCUUUGCAUUGGGGCCUAAAAUGAGUAACUAAACUUGUGUUUCUUCUCUUGGAGAAAAAUAUUUGUAGUUAAUGUGUAUCUAUGGGCACUAAUGGUUGAAAGUUUCUAUCUAUGCUAACAUUGUGUUGGAUAUACUUGGUUUAAAUUUGUCCUGCUCCUGUCAUUUCAAAAGCUACUAGCAAUGUGUAAUAGCAACAUAUUGGACUAGCUUAGCUAAAGUUAUGUUGUAUUUUAUGAAUUUUAUUAGCC